AAAGUUCAUAUGCAAUUUGUUCUCUUUCUGCAAAGUGACAAACUUUUAGGAAAUUUAGCUUUUUGUCAUAAUGAAAUCGUUCCUCUCUGUCAGUGUCGUUUUAGCCGUGGCUUUGUGCCUGGUAUUGGAUCACGGUGUCGCACAUCCGCAUCCACAAGCUCCUUCGCCCGCACCACCCGCGCCACCACCCGCACCGCCCGCGGGAGGACCAGCGCCCCCUCGUCCCCCAGCCCCUCCCGCUGGAGCAAACGGCACCAUAGCCAUCAUGCCCCCACCGCCUCCCGGGUGCAAUAAAGCGGCUCCCGUUCCCGUAGUCGCUGCCGCACCCGCCGCAGCACCCGCUCCAGCAGCAGGAUAAUUAAUUUCUUAUGACACUCAAAAUCCUUGAACUCUGACUAAAAUAACUGAAAUUUGGCACAGUCAACACUAAAUAAAUCAUUCUGCAUAUACGCAUUUGGACAGAACACAAA